AUGGGGACCGCCGGGCACAAAAGGCACUAUAAAUACGUGGAAAAUAAUAGGAUACCUCACUCGUGAGUAUAUUCAGCGUAAUGCGCGGAAGAGGCUAGCGACGAUACUGUUAAUCGUGGGUGUUGAUACAGCUGCUCCCACGCCUGGUGUGGCAGAGAAUAAAAUAAGGGGUCAACAGAGACAAGCCCUGGAGUUGUGUGGAGUGUGGCUGGGUUUGGUGAUCUUCUUGGAGGACGCAUAUUACCGUAACACAGAACAGCACAGGAGCCCAGGACCAGAGGGGAAGGUAGCAAAAGAGACCAUCAGCACGGCGGUGGCACAGAAGGAAUGACACCAGAGGGAAAAAUUCCCAGAGGGGCACCGGUAGCCCCUCCUGAUGGAGGCUGGGGAUGGAUGGUUGUGGCCGGCUGCUUCCUAGUCACCAUCUGCACCCGUGCCGUCACUAGAUGUGUGUCAAUCUUCUUUGUGGAGUUCCAGAUGCACUUUGGUCGGGACUACUCUGGCACGGCCUGGAUCCACUCGCUAGUCGACUGCACCACCUUCCUCUUUGCUCCUCUUGGCAGCUUCAUCGGGAACCGCCUGUCCACCCAAGCCACUGUGAUCAUGGGAGGCAUCCUGUCCUCUGCCGGCCUGAUCCUCAGCUCCUUUGCCACCAGUCUGGAGUACCUCUACCUCACCCUGGGUGUCCUCACAGGGUUGGGAUUUGCCCUCAGCUACACUCCAGCGGUGGCCAUGGUUGGAUCCUAUUUCAACGAGAGGAAAGCACUGGCCUAUGGGAUGGCAAUGUCUGGGACUGGGAUUGGGACCUUCAUCCUGGCCCCUGCUGUGCAUCUCCUGAUUGAACAUUACUCCUGGAGGGGGGCCUUGCUGAUUCUGGGAGGGUUUGUGUCCAACCUGUGUGUCUGCGGGGCCCUUAUGAGGCCCCUGGUGCCUAAAGGUAGAGGACAGAGGUGGCACAAGACAGCAGAGCUUGAGAAUGGGUAUGCCAUCCCACCGGUGGAUGCCAAGCUAGCAGAAGGGAAGGUAAUGGACACAACACUUCCAGGCUUAAAGCCGUUGGACCCCAAUACAGAGGUUGUGAAUGUAACAGAUGUUAAGCUUGAAACUGAUAAACUUGCAGAAAUUAAACUCACUGAAAUGAAACUAGCAGAGGCACUCCUUGCGAAUGUACAACUAGCUGACUCGAGGCUGGCAGACAUGACAAUAGUAGAGGGCAUGGUUGUGAAUGUGAAUAGCGCGCUAACAGAGAAAAUGCUUGAAGAGAUCAAGCUAGCGGAUCAAAAUCUAGCUAACGGGAAGCUGAAGGACAUUAAACUAAUGGAGAACCUUGUCAUCAGUAGCCAGCUCGCUGAUGUUAAGCCUGUAGACACAAAGGUUGCUGAUGCAAAACUAGCGGAGUUAGUAGAUGCCAAGGUUCAGGCUGGCCUGGCUGCCCCUGGGCCAACUGGUCCUCUGGCAGGGCCUAAGCUGGGAGGGUGCCUCUGUCUUCAGUCAAUGGAGGAGUUUAGCUUCCUGCUGAUGCCUGACUUCAUGCUGCUGUCCGUGUCCUUCCUGUUCCUGGCGUACGGCUGCAGUGUGCCCUUUGCCUACCUGGUGCCUUACGCCCUCAGUGUGGGCGUGGAGCACCAGCAGGCUGCCUUCCUCAUGUCCAUCCUGGGGGUCACCGGAAUCGUAGGAAACAUCACGUUCAGCUGGCUCACUGACAGGAAGUGUGUGAAGAAGUACCGGAAAGUGAGCUUCAUGUUUGCUGUGGGUAUGGAGGGUCUCUCCUGCCUCCUGAUUCCUCUGCUACGUUCCUUCACCCUGCUGGUGCCUUUCUCCAUGCUCUAUGGCUAUUUUGAUGGUGCCUACUCUGCCCUCAUACCAGUGGUGACGUCUGACAUGGUGGGCUCAUCGUACCUAUCCUCAGCCCUGGGUGUGGUCAACUUCUUACAUGCCAUACCCUACCUGGUUAGCCCACCAAUAGGAGGCUGGUUGGUGGACUGGACUGGUGACUAUACUGCAGCAUUCUUCCUCAGUGGAUUCUCUCUUAUCCUCAGCUCACUCUUUCUGGCUACUGUCAUGCUGAUCCAACGAUGCUGGGGACCACAAACAUUCUCCACCAGCGAUGCCGAUUCAACGUUCACCUCCUUGAAGAAUGGCCAGUGUACAAGGCAGCACAUGAUGAACCAAAGCUAGCAGGGACCGUCCCUGCAUGUUGAGACAUUUUUGUAAGCAUUUUUUAUUGAGUGAGUGGAUGAUACUGUAAUACCAAAGUGUGUUGUUCCUUAAUGGAAGCAAAGCAAUAAUGUUCCAGGAACAACAAAAUGCAGUUAUUCCUCUCAACGUGAACUUGUGAAAAUCCUAUAACACCACAAAUUCUGUGUUGAUUACCAGUCAGGAAAAGUUACCCUAUUUGGUUUUGUUUUUAAAUAAAAGUUUAUUAAGAAUUGGUGGCUCUGUAGAAUAACAUA